UUAGUGCGUGCUUUAGUGGUUAUGUCAUGUUUGUUAAUUAUUUUUGUUUUAGUUUAUCUCUUUUUGGUUAUAACAUCAAUAGCAGUCGUAGGUGUUCAAAAAACAGUUUAGGAAAUGUAAAUGAAUUUAUUUGUUCUGUUUGUGGUAUGGUACGUUGUUAUUAUACCUCACGCGAACUCAGUGCCUAGGCACCAAUUAAAACUACACCGAGCUACAAAAUUACAAAAUUCACAAGAAAAUUCUCAUGAUCCAAUAGCUUUGGAAAUAUUAGAAAGAAAACUUGCACAACCAAACAAAAGAUAUCCGAAGAAUUUUUUUAACAGACAAAGACGAACAAAACAUCUGGAAUCAACCCUUUCGACAUGUUCCACAAUAGCAAAGAUUUCGGUAAAAAACGUUUUUCGUGCAUUGAACAGAGAUAGAUCGACAUUUGAAAGUUGUUUUGUAUCGUUCGGAGAUCAAAGUCCUCUUUGCCGUACCAAAGAACAACAAGCUUUAAGAAAACCAAGACAUUCACAAAUAUCAUUCAUUCACAAAAAAAUAUAUAGAUUCUGAAGAAGAUACCUCAAGUAACGAAGAUUUUUUUGGACUUUUCAAAACGUCUAGUAUGGCACCAACAGACAUAUCUUCGAAAUUUCCGAUCCACAAAAGAACUGCUCCAUCGGUUAGUGUACCAGAUACUAAAUCUUAUUCACUGUUGCCAUCAGCUGAGAAUGCCACUACCGGUCCUCAUCCAUUAUCAGAAUUUUUUAUACCAAACCAAACAACUAAAGAACUAGUAAUGAUGACUGAAAAGAUUAAAACUACAGUCGAAAAUAUUAAACAAUCUUCCACAACAGCACAAGCGACGGAAGAAGGUGCCAAUUUGACUACACCGCAAAUGAUCUCUCAUAUACCAUAUAACAAUUAUACUGUAAAAGAAGAUAUAAAAAUUGUUCCAAUAAGCGCUACAACAACAUUUCAAAUUUCUUCUCAAAUGAUGCAGUCAAAUCCCACUUCGGUUCAGGAGAACCAGAAAAUAUCUGCUAAUCCGCAAAUUAAUCCUAACAUGCUAUAUCUUGAUGGACCUGCUGCGAAGUUCGAAAAUCAGAACCGUCUGUUGCAAUUAGAGGAGAACGAUGAAGAUAAACACGAAGAAGAAGGGCAAAGUACAGAAGAAGCGGAAGGUGAAGAAACUGAAGAUACGGAAGAAACAACGAAAGGCAAAUUAAAAUACAAAGAACGUAACAACAUAAAAGAACAUUCAGUUUUAGACUCUUUAGAAAGUUAUAGUAGAGAAGAAUGUGAAAGAGACCACCAGAAAACGUGCGUUUGUUCUUUUGAGAGCGUGAAAACCGACUUUAUCAGAAUAUUUUCUAUAGUGAAAUCUACGAAAUCGGCAAUGGAUGAAAUCUCCCAUUUUGAUUGUAGACACUUCGUUCCGAUUCUUGAUCAGUUUGUCCUCUCUUCUAACGCCAAACCCAGUGUACUAUCAGGGAACCAUAAACCAAUGACUGUUGACAGUGAGAAAGGACCAAAGGAAAUUGAAGAGAAGUCGAUGGAUGUGUUUGUUUCACAGAGUGUGUCAGAAGAAGGUUAGUAAUAUGAUUUGACGCAUGUGUUUGUUAACACCGAUGUUGAGAUACCGUGCUUCCCUACAAGUGAUAUCCAUCUGUCUCCCAGUGAAGCAGAUCACGUGUCUUACAAAUGGACAUUCGGGCAACAAGAAAGCUAUUACAGAGGGUCGAAUAACGGAGAACUCUGACGGCGAGGGUUCGCUGUCCAUAACGGAGGUGACCUCCGGGGACUCGGAGAACUACACGUGCGAGGUGGAGUACAUCAACCCCGACACAGGACACCACACCGAGGAGACCUUCGAGCAUGUGCUCAACGUGGUUGCCCUACCCAUCGUAACGGUGCGCCUGUCCUUGCAUUAUCGUGGGUCGUUGGCGUGUGACUCCAGUAUUAUACAGAUGUUCAAGCUGUUCAUGCCUCAACAAUUGGAGGACUUUGUGUGCAAGAUAGACGAGGACAAGCACCUGUGCAAGAUUGAGGUGCACAGUACUGUCUGUCAUACCGAGUCACCAGAUGAGUCUCGGGAACGUGGUGAAAGAAGAGUACGUAUAAAAAAGCGGAUAUGGCCACGAGCUAAACGGGAGGACUCGAUGGAAAUGUCCCUCAACUAUGAAGUGUUCAUCCAUAGAUCAGAAGAGAAGUGGCUCUCCUCAGAGAACUCCACACUGUGUCACGCAGAGUGCCAUCUGUACAUAACGUUCAAGCUGUUGAAACUGUUGAAAGAGAGCAUGACGGAAGCUAUGUUCAUACCAGUUGUGUCAGAAUCACAGCAUGGAACCGAGAACUUCUAUCCCGUACAAUCUUCGCUCAAAGUCAAAUAUAUUUUUGGCUGCAUGGGAGGAUACCAUCUACAGGACGGAUUUUGUGUGGCUUGCCCGGAACACACGUUUAGCAACGAUGGGGACACGGAGUGUACGCACUGUCCGCCUCACACUUACCAAGGGAAGCUCGGGGCCCGCAAGUGUAUCCCCUGCACGAACAGGUGGAUUCCAGCCUGCAACGAAUAUAUUGAAGAUACGAACUUAUACAUUGUUCUUCUCGUCCUUGUGAUACUAUGCAUCACGGUGUCUGUAUUCGCCGGCAUCUAUUACAUGCGUGUGAAGGAGAAAACAUUUUCUCAAAUGACAAAGAAGGUAAUACCGUUCUCCAGCAAGGCAUCUACGCCUAAAAGUAAAGGGAAAAAGAAAUCAAGCAAACGAGUUCAUAUAGCGCAACCGGAAUCGACAGAAAUUCAGAGUCUAUUGGAUAGCACAACAGAUGAUGAAUCGAUCCAAAGAAAUGAUAAAACAAAGAAAAAAAAGGAUCCAUCGGUUACAUCAGAUGAAGAGGUUGUAGGCAAGAAAAACGUAUCAGGGAAAAAGAAAAAUGCUGAAAGUACCAAGGAGGAUGUAGGUUCCAAGAAAAGUAAAGCUACGAAGAAAAAAUGAAACAGAAUGAAGUUAUAUGGAAUAUUGCAGAAUGGAUUCUCCGUGUUGUAAAUAAUAAUAAAGUAAUUUAUAAAUUUUAAAACUUCA